AUUUCACAUCAUUUUUCCUUUCUUCCUUCAUUUUCAUACUGCUUUUUCGCUUCCAGACCUAAAGCACUAUUACUAUGUACGAAAAUUUGCCCUUCCACAGCUGCAUUUCUGGCCGCAUUUGGUUGUCUACCUUGACGCUCCUGUCGGCAAAUGUCUGGAGAAUAUUAAAGCUCGAGGAAACGUUGACGAGAUUGCUGCAGUCGAUGAAAAAUAUCUGAAGACGAUUGAAGAAUCAUAUAAAGAUUCGCUAAAAGAGUACAGACGCCAUUCAAAAAUCCUCGCCUACGAUUGGACUCGACCGGGUGAUGCUGACACAGUUGUAGAGGACAUUGAGCGAAUGGAUUUCGAUUUCUUCGAGUGGCACUCUGGUGAUGUCAUGGAAGAAUGGUUCACAUUGGUUGAUGAAGUUAGCUGGAACGGAUGGCGACAUCAUGUAACUUCAAAACUUGACGCCAGAAUGUACGCUUUCGAUGGAAUGUCCACUCAUGAAGUUGGAGAACUAUACAUCAACCCACGCGAUGCUGGUCAUUUCAUGCAAGUCAUGCGUAAAGAGGUAGUGGUUCAUUUUUUGUCUGUUUAG